AUGAGGGGCCUUCUGCUGCUCGCCUUGUCGUCUUUGCUCUGCUGGGUCUCAGCUGACAUUCGCUGUCACUCCUGCUACAAGGUCCCUGUGCUGGGCUGUGUGGACCGGAAGUCCUGCCGUCUGGAGCCAGGACACAAAUGCCUGACAACGAAUGUGUACCUCGGCAAGAUGUGGGUUUUCUCCAACCUUCGCUGCGGCACGCCCGAAGAGCCCUGUCUGGAGGCCUUCAACCAAACCAACCACAAGCUGGGCCUGACCUACAACACCACCUGCUGCGAGAAGGACAGCUGCAACAGCGCCGCCCCGCGGCCCGCCCCGGCCCUGGGCCUGGGCCUCCUCGCCGCCUUGGCUGGCCUUGGCCUCUGGCUGCUGCACUGA